AUUCCCUCUCUCCCUCUCUCUCUCUCAAAUUCCAAGAAAAUGGCGAAAGGUGAACGCAGGGUGUUGUUGGUAUUGGGGGACUACGUGGAAGACUACGAGGCGAUGGUUCCAUUUCAAGCACUGCAGGCAUAUGGAGUGUCCGUUGAUGCCGUCUGUCCUGGCAUGAAAGCUGGUGAUAUCUAUCGCAGAGCCAUUCAUCAACUUUCUCCUGCUCACCAGACUUAUUCUGAAUCACGUGGUCACAAUUUCGCACUCAAUGCAACAUUUGAUGACAUUGAAUUUAACAAAUAUGAUGGAUUAAUAAUACCAGGAGGACGGGCACCUGAAUAUCUUGCUUUGGAUGCGUCGGUUUUAGAAUUGGUGAGAAAGUUUUCUGACUCCUGAAAGCCAAUUGCUUCGGUUUGCCAUGGGCAACUUGUCCUAGCAGCUGCAGGCUCGGUUAAAGGUAGGAAGUGUACGGCCUUCCCAGCUGUCAGACCCGAGACCUUGUUGGCGUGUGUUGUUGAUGGUAAUAUAUAAUUACUGGGGCUACAUAUGAAGGCCAUCCUGAGUUAUUUAGGCUUUUUGUGAAGGCACUAGGAGGUAACAUAACUGGUUCAGAUAGGAGGAUCCUGU